AUGUGCAGGAAACUGGCGGAUUCUGUCUCUUUCUUUUACAAUUCUGCCAUAAGGAAAUGUGUGUGUACAAGGCAAGUUCAACAGAGUGAUCUUCUGCCAUUUGUGGGAUACCUGUACUUUUCUUCGUCAGGUACGGCAUUUAUUGGAGGGAAAGAUGCCUUCUCACAAAACAGAUGGAGAUGGUCAACAACAUUUAAACCAGUAACGGAUAAUGGCUGGGCACCCGGUAAGCCGGAUACAUCCGCAGGUGACGAAUGUCUCGCGCUGAAUGCUAACCAUGAAAUGUCUUGGGAUGACUACGAAUGCGAUAGAAGUUUCUCGUUCAUAUGUGAGCGAAUAAUGGCAUGA